AUGUCAACAAUAACCCCCGAUGCGCUUCAGUCAGGACAGCCGCCCGUCAUUCCCCUGUCCUUCAAUGGUAACCAACCCGAAAAGGUGACGCUCUACCCACUGUCGAACUACACGUUUGGAGUCAAGGAAACCCAGCCUGAAGAGGACCCAUCAGUCAUCGCUCGUCUCAAGAGACUCGAGGAACACUACACGGAACAUGGGAUGCGCCGCACUUGCGAAGGCAUUCUCGUCUGUCACGAGCACAACCAUCCACAUAUUCUGAUGCUACAAAUCGCCAAUGCCUUUUUCAAGCUCCCCGGAGACUACCUACGCCCCGAAGACGAUGAGAUCCAAGGCUUCAAGUCGCGACUGGACGAGAGAUUGGCGCCUGUGGGCCGCUUGGGAGAGGGGGAGGAAGCUGGCGACUGGCAAGUGGGUGACUGCCUGGCACAGUGGUGGAGGCCUAACUUUGAAACGUUCAUGUAUCCGUUCAUACCGGCGCAUGUGACGAGGCCAAAAGAAUGCAAGAAGCUCUACUUUAUUCAAUUGCCCAAACAAAAGGUUCUAAGUGUUCCCAAGAACAUGAAGCUUCUGGCCGUUCCUCUAUUCGAACUCUACGACAACACUGCCCGAUACGGCCCACAGCUUUCUGCAAUUCCCCAUCUUCUCAGUCGAUACAACUUCGAGUUCGUGGACGAGAAUGGCAACGUCGUCGCUGCUACACCAGGAUCUGCCGCGCCAGAGGGCUAUGUUCCGUACACAAAAGUCUUGGCAGGCGACGAUACGGACAUGAAGGAGGAGAAUGGAACAAGCUGA